CAUGUAGUGUUUGUUACGAUGAUCUUGGAUGUUUCGCCACUUCGAUGGAGUGCCAUUGGAGAAACCCUAGCUCUCCUGCCGACAUAGGAACCACUUUCAAGCUCUAUACCAGACAGAAUAGAUACUCAGGCGAUGUCCUCGAUCGUACGGACGACGCUACGAUCACUUCAUCGAAUUUCGGGUCGAGUCGAGAUACCAAACUCAUCGUCCACGGCUGGACUGAUAGUAUGAGAGGAAGUAGCUGGAUCAACAUGAGGGAUGCCCUACUUGAUAACUACGACGUCAACGUCGUGAUGGUUGACUGGUCGGACGGUGCUUUGAUGGGGUACACUCGGAGUAGAGCUAACACUCGCGUGGUCGGCAGGGAGAUCGCUAAGCUCAUUGAGGCUCUCAACGCUGCUACCGGUGCUACCUUCGGCUCCAUGCACAUCAUUGGUCACAGCCUGGGCGCUCACAUCGGUGGUUACGCUGGAGAGGCAUGCUCGGGCACCAUUGGUCGAGUAUCAGGAAUGGAUCCCGCUGGUCCAGAGUUUAGUGGUGAUCUUGAUAACGCCUGUAGACUGGAUCGGUCUGACGCCCUCUUCGUCGAUGCUAUGCAUACUGAUGGUGAAAUCCUUAUUGGUGGUGGUGCCGGACUCAUGGAUGAGCUUGGCCAUCAAGACUUCUACCCGAACGGUGGCAUGGAAAUGCCUGGUUGCCCUCGACUCGACGCCUCAUGCGAUCACAGCCGAGCCGUCGAGUACUACAUCGAAAGCAUCUCGUCAUCUUGUACGUUUUCCUCCACGAGGACGGGGUCGACAUGGGACGACAUCGACGCUGGAAGAUGGACGCCGUGUACCAGCUGGAGCUGCCCUCAGAUGGGGUACAAGGCGGACCUCAACAAAGGGAUAGGGGCAUUCUAUCUUGAGACCAACGGGGAUAGUCCUUACUGCCAGGGGUAAAGAAGUUAUAAAGGAGGGCAAAGGAGGGGUAAGGAAAGGGUUAGGGAGGGGGUGAGAUAGGGCUAAAGGAGGGGUAAGGGUUAUGUAAUGGAGGUGUAAGGCACAAAUUUAACAUCGGUAGACUUACUGGUGUAAUAAUCGUUGACUUUAUUACUCGGUAUGAUAUUCCAUAUUAUAGGGAGACUCGAAACCAUAUGAAACUUUCCAACUAUCAGAAGCAGUUUUUACUCCUUGUUUUACGGUUGUAAAUGCGGAUAUUAUCAUCAAAUUUACUUGAUAUUGUAUUUGGGAGUAUAUUUUGUGAAGAAACAUCAACUGCUGUACAAAAUUGAAUAUAGAUCUGAGAUCUAUAUAUCAUAA